AUGAUUGACUUAGGAGUAAUGUCUUCUCCAUCUACAACAUCGAGUGAAAGUCAUUUGCUUGAUGAUAUGCGUCGUGAAGCUGAAAUGAAUGCAUUAAAAAUAAUUCAAGCUAAAUUAGAAAAACCAGAAAAUUUAGAAAAAUUAGAUCAAUUAAAAACAGCAGCAGCACAGCGAAAACGUACCUUAGAUGAACAGUUACGUACAGCUGUUCAAUCUCAAUUAGAAAGUAUCAAAACUGGUAUUGAACAAUUACAAAUAUCUUUAGAUAAUAUGAAAGCGGUAGAUCGAUAUAUGAAAGAUACCGAUGAAAAAUUACAAAAAGUUGUACCAUUACAAUCAAAAUUAGAAGAUUUAAGAGCAGAAGCAAAUACUUAUAGACAACUAUCAUUAGCUCGUGCAAAUUUAGAUUAUAUAAUAAAUACGCCGGAGAAUGUCAGAAAAGCAGAUGAAUUUAUGUCAAGUGAGAAGUUGUUACAUGCACACAAUCUAAUUAUGGAUAUUGAAAAUUCAAGAAAUUAUUUACUUUUUGAAUUAUAUAAAGUACAAGAAAAAGAUAAUGAUGAUAUGCAGUUAUUAACAAGUUAUUUUCAAGACGUUGAUCGUCUAGUAUCACAAUUGAAAAGUUUAAUAUCAUUGCGUAUAUCAAGAUGGUACGAUUGUGCGAUUAGUUGUCCAGAGAAAUUAGUAACAGCAUUAAGAAUUAUCGAAAGAGAAGAACAAGUCGAUCGAUUUUGGAUUGAAAAGAAAGAAACAACUGGUUUCAUCCCACCCGAUAGACCGAGACAAUGGAAAAAAAAUUGUUUUGAAUUAUUACGAAAAAGUGUCAAAGAUAGAAUCGAAGGUAAUCAAUUAGAUACACGUGAAGAACAUAAGUAUUGGCUAACUCGACAUUUGGAAAUGUGUCGACGAAUAUUUUUACAAGAUUUUCAAAUCAUUACAAAAAGUUGUACACGUUGUUUUCCUAAACAUUACGAUAUUGUCAAUCGAUUUUUAGAUUAUUAUCAUACACUGUUAAAAGAACAUUUAACUGAAAUAUGCGAUCCAAAACGUCGUACAGAAAAUGAUACAUUAACAAUACCCGAAGUAUAUACAAUUGUUACAUUUGCCAGAGAAUAUAAAGGAAUUGAAUGUUUGGGUAAUCCUGAUCUGAAAUUAGACCUUUCACAAUUAUCACCAUUGUUAGAAAAAGAUAUGUUAGCAACUGUGACAAAUGAUUGGUAUGCAUGUAAAGAGGUUGAAUUAACCCAAGAACAUUAUUAUUCGACUACAAUGCCUCGUAUGUUAAUAAAUAUGAUUAUUGAAACACUUGAUAUGGCUAAAAAUAUGUCUGAUGAUGUUGUUGAACAAAUUUUAUCAAUAAUUAUAAUAAAAACACAAGAAUUUCAUGAACAUUAUGUUAGAGAAUUAAAUGAUUAUUCACGAAAAUAUUUUCUAGAUCGAUCAAAAUUUAAAGAACAUUUUACAAAACAAAUGGUAGCUAAUGCAAAUAAUUGUGAAUCAUUACCACUAUUAAUGUUAUUAAUUCGUGAUAAAUAUGAUAAAAUUGAUAUUGAUCAAGAUUUUAAAACAGAUAGAUACAAAGAAAUUGGUAAAAAAUUUGAACAUACAGCUGAAGUAUGUUGCGAUAUUAUAUUACGUGAAAUUGAACUUGAUUGUACCAAAUAUUUAAAAUUAUUAUUAACUCGUGAGUGGUUUGGUGGACAAAAUCAAUUUUGUGGUAUACUUAUUGAAACUACCCGAGAUUAUUGGGAUACAGAAUUGACCGGUUUGAAAAAACCACUACUACAAUAUCUCUUCUAUACAUGGCAUAAACAUAUUCUUGCCUAUUAUCUAAAAAAUCUUUUGAAACCACAAUCAUCACAACAGAUUAAAUUUCAAAAUCCUCAAGAAAGACGUGCAUGUGCUGAACAAAUGAAAUUAGAAGCACAAAAAUUACAACGAGAAUUUAUUCAAUGGGAUGGAAGUAGUGAACAAGAUCGAAAAGAAGAAUAUCAUUUUAAUAUGUUAGAACAUUUUGCUGAAAUUUUACAACAAACCGAUUUAGAUUCAAUUGUACUUGAUGUGGCAACAUUGGCCAAAAAAUAUCCAAGUUUAAAUAUGGAAUUUGUAAUUAAUGUACUAUUAAUGAGAGGCGAUUUAACAAAAAGUGAAGCAAAAGAGAAAGCGGAUGCGGCAUUAGCCAAUAUGCCAAGAAUUAAUCAAGGUAUAUUAUCAGAAAUUUUAGAAAUUAUGGACAAAUUAAAUUAA